GGCGGAGGUCGGAUUCUGACUGUUGGCGGCUUGAAAAGUCAGCGGAGUAGCCGGAUUGAGCUGGGAGAUGUAACACCCCACAAUAUUAAACAGUUGAAGAGAUUAAACCAGGUCAUCUUUCCAGUCAGCUACAAUGACAAGUUCUACAAGGAUGUGCUGGAGGUGGGCGAGCUAGCAAAACUUGCGUAUUUCAAUGACAUUGCAGUAGGUGCAGUGUGCUGUAGAGUGGAUCAUUCACAGAAUCAGAAGAGACUUUACAUCAUGACACUAGGAUGUCUGGCACCUUACCGAAGGCUAGGAAUAGGAACUAAAAUGUUAAAUCAUGUCUUAAACAUCUGUGAAAAAGAUGGCACUUUUGACAACAUCUAUCUGCAUGUUCAGAUCAGCAAUGAGUCAGCAAUUGACUUCUACAGGAAGUUUGGCUUUGAGAUUAUUGAGACAAAGAAGAACUACUAUAAGAGGAUAGAGCCCGCAGAUGCUCACGUGCUGCAGAAAAACCUCAAAAUCCCAUCAGGCCAGAAUGCAGAUGUGCAGAAGAUAGACAACUGAACAAAUUACAAAUGAACUUUCUUGCACUUGCUUGUCGCCAAAUAAAAGAGAGGCCUGUUAAUCCCCCCCUCCCCCAACUUUCUUUUAAAGCUUUUCCCUCCUCUUUAUUCUUAUUUCUCUUUCUUUCCUUUUCUCUAAAAGUUGUAAUACUUUCAAGGACUUUAAAAAUCAUGUUUGGAUUGUUUUAGUUUUCUUAUUUUUGUGAGAUGGUUUGGUUGAAGGAAGGGAAAAGUAUAGUAGGUCUGUUUUGUUUCACCUUUAAAGAUAUAUGGCCCCACAAUUUUGGGUGUUAAAUAAUUUCUGAUUUUUGUAACAGAUUUUUUUUUUUUAAAGUCCUGCUUUCACAUUGAAGGGCAGAGCAUACAAAAAUAUCAUAUUUCAAAAGACAAAAAGAAACAGCAGCAAUAUUUUGUUCUAACUCAUAGACAAGUUUAGUGUGUUUGUGGUACUUUGGGUUUUUAAAGACUAUUGUGGGAUACUGAUCCCUGGACAUUGCCUUCACUCCCUCUACCUUCAGUCCUUCUGAGUACUAUCUCCAGAGUUGGACCAUUAUUAUCCUUGUAAGAAAUACUUUUUUUUUUUUUUUUUUUGUAGUUAUUUCCUCUCUUCCUGUUGGUGGUUAAGGGUGGGUGGGGCAGUUUGGUAGGUAGUGAUACUAUAUAUUUUGGUCUCAGUAUUUGAGUUAAACUGCUUUUUCUAAUAAGUGGGCUGGGUUGUUAGCAGACUUCUUUUUCCUGCUAUUGGUUGUUACUAGUGGCAUUAACUGCUAGAGUGUAGGCUGGUGAGAUUAUUAUUUUUUUUAAUAUCCCAGCUAGAAAUAUGGCCUUUAACUGACCUAAAGAGAUUUGUUGUGGUUUACUUUUCUC